CUGUCGCGAAGGUAUCUGUUACAUACGAUUUUUGGCAUAACUACAGGGUUUUAGCACCCAGACUUUGGGAGGUCAUAACUUUCAGAAAAAUGAAUAUUUUUUAAUGAAAUUUUCUAUGCAUAUAGUAUUUACUAUGUAGAAUCUGAAUGGGGGUGGGGACCAUUUUCGGAAACUCCAACAGAGUCCACUUAAAUUCUUCUUAACUUCCAGGAAAAUUAAUAUUUUUUCAAGAAAUUUUCUACAAAUAUACCUUGAUGUAUGUACAUUUCGAGCAUGUAGGAAUUUUGAAGGAAACAACUGCAGGUUAUUUUUGAGAAGCGUUCCCCACUCGGUGGUGUUUCGGAGCAAGUCGUCCAUAUUUGUUUAAUUUUUCUCUAUUAUGUGCGUAUGUGCAUCCGUAGAUUUCUAGACAAUAAAGAGAAACCGUCAUAAGAAAACUUUCGUUCAAAAUCACAUGCACACGAUUUUUUUUUUCUCAAUAGAAGUAAAUUCCAAAGUAAAUGUUUCUAGUAGAGAAGUAGAAGAGAACAGGAGCAAAAAUAGGAAUAUACACGCACGGUUAAAUAUAGAAACUAUCACAGUGUCGCUUCCCGAAGAAUUUUUAAAUGUUAGCUUUCCGAAACUUUUUUUUCAAUCUUGCAAAAACACGAAGAUUAAGAAUAAACAGAAAAAGUACACAAAUAUAUUUUACACACCUGUCGUAUACGUCGGUUUUGUUUUUUUCACUUUAAAGGUGGAUUAAUCCCAACAAAAUAACAUAACAAUCUUAGAAUAAUCGUGGACUAUCAUUCAAUUAGGAAAAGCUGGAGACAACAUUCAGUACUACUUAAGAAGAGUGAACCCUAGUCAGUGGAUGCGCCUCUCUACGCUAGUCAGUGGACGGACGUACGCACGCACAAGUCAGUGGCAUCCAUGAUAUAAAAAAGAACCCUCUACAUAUGUAAAUAUGUGUAAACAUACUCUUCAAUAUGCGUUUUGCAUUUUCCCAGUAACAUUCAACUGAGAUGGUAUGUACUGUAGUUACUGUAUUCACUUUGAAAUGGGAAUACCGUGGUCCGACAUCAGUUUGUUUUGCGACCAACGCAAAACGAAGGGAAUUUUGUGUCGAAGGCAAUCAUUUGACCAUGAUUCCAACGGUCAAAUUGUUCCCUUUUGCGUACGUGUGCACAACCCUAAAAGAGAAUCAUUUGAGCAGCGCAAAUCAUCGUGUGUUCGUGAAACUGAAAAUGUGUACGCCACUUGAAGCUUGCUCUAGAGAAAAUAAAGGAUUUUUUUGAAAACAAACGGCAUUAUUGCCACCAGUAAAACGUGUGUUUGCACGCGUGAUAUGACUUUGAAGACGUCGGCCAGAUCGGUGGAUGGAUUUGUGUAGCGAUGCGGAAAUUGUGAGGAAAAUAUUUCUAUAAGGACAAAGACUUUUAUGGAAAAGUCAAAGUUCUCCUUACAGAAUAUAUUUCCCAUUGUCUUCCAUUUCAUGUUCGAAGCACUUAUAUCUAAUGCGGCUUUAUAUACCGGAGUAGAUAACAAAACCGCAAUCCAGUGGUAUGAGUUUUGUCGAGAAGUGUGAUCGGGGAAGAUGCUUCAAGACAAAGCUCCGCUUGGUGGUCCAGGUCAUGAAGUAGAAAUAGAUGAGUUUGCUCUUCAAAAGGAAGAGCAACGUAGGGAGGAUAGGCCAUCAAACCUGGGUUGUGGGGUGCUAUGACACCACUGUGAAAAAAGUAUUUCUACAGCAUGUACUCAACAGAAGUGCAGCAACACUAGAAGCUGUGGUAAUAGAAAAUGUGUUGCCUGGUACUGUAAUACAUACAAACAAAUGGGCCAGCUACAGGAACUUACAACAGCUGGGUUACAUUCACGAACAGUUAACCAUUCGCAGAAUUUCGUGGACCCUGAAAAUUGUGUUUGCACAAACCACAUUAAGGCCUAUUGGUCCCGUAUCAAAAGACGGCUAAAGUAUGCGACUCGAUCAUUGGGCGAUAUGAAAUGGUCCCGUGUCGAUGAAUUGAUGUAUCGAAAAAUGUAUGGAUUUACUGCAAAGACAAACUUCUAAAAUUUCUAUACAUUUCUCAAACACAUUGUGAAAAUUUAUCCCCCCUACAGUCCACUGGCGCGGCUUCCCCGAACACACUUCUCGACAAAACUCAUAUUUUUUGUAACUUUCCAAAAAAACUUUAAUUUCACUGCAGGAAAUUACUCUUUGUAGAUAGAAUAUCAGAUGACAUUGGCAUAACAGACGAUACAUUCUCAAUAUUUAUCAUCUUUUGAAACGGAAAGAAAAUGAUAUACAAAACAGAUAUACAACACUUUCUAUGAAUGUGCUGUGGUUUCUGUGAAAUAUUUGUUCUAAUCUGAUAUUGUUACAAGAUAUUUGCACUUCACUGAUUGGAGUACUAAGAAGAUGAGUUUGUGUGCUGAGUAAACUUUGAUACAUCUACGUAAGUGUUGCUAGAGAAAGGAAGCAGUGGACAGAAAUACAGAAGUGGAAGUAUUUCUAAGAUCAAACGAUCAGAAGAAAAACAAGGAAAGUAUAUUUAUAGUGUGAUUUGAGAAGAAUAAUAAUGGAAAACAGUGAAAAGCUUAAAGAAUUGAUUUCCCAUGAAGACAAGAUAAAAGAGAGACGAAAGUUGUCAUAUGACUGUGAUGUCUGUGGAAAAUCAUUCUCUCGAAAGGGCGACUUAACUAGACACAAAGGUAUUCAUACAGGUGAGAAACCAUAUCAUUGUGAUAUCUGUGGUCAAUCAUUCUCUCGAAAUAGCCACUUAAAUGAACACAAACAUAGUCAUACAGGAGAGACUCCAUAUCAUUGUGAUAUCUGUGGAAAAUCAUUCUCUCAAAAUGGCAACUUAACUAGACACAAACGUAUUCAUACAGGUGAGAAUCCAUAUCAUUGUGAUAUCUGUGGUAAAUCCUUCAAUAAGAGUAAUACUUUAACUAAACAUAAACGUAUUCACACAGGCGAAAAACCAUUUCACUGUGAUAUUUGUGACAAAUCAUUCACUGUCAAAAGUGCUUUAACUUCACACAAACGUCAUCAUUCAGGAGAGAGGCCAUAUCAGUGUGAUGUCUGUAACAAAUCAUUCACUCUCCGCAGUUCUUUAAAUGAACACAAACGUAUUCAUACAGGAGAGAGACCAUAUCAUUGUGAUAUCUGUGGUAAAUCCUUCAAUAAGAGUGAUACUUUAACUAAACAUAAACGUAUUCACACAGGCGAAAAACCAUUUCACUGUGAAAUCUGUGGCAAAUCAUUCACUGAAAAUGGCAGCUUAACUACACACAAACGUAUCCAUACAGGAGAGCGACCAUAUCAUUGUGAUAUUUGUGGUAAAUCAUUCUUUAACAGUAGUUACUUAAUUGUACAUAAACGUAUUCAUACAGGCGAGAAGCCUUAUCAUUGUGAUAUCUGUGGCAAAUCAUUCACUGAAAAUGGUAGCUUAACUACACACAAACGUAUCCAUACAGGAGAGCGACCAUAUUGUGAUAUCUGUGGUAAAUCAUUCUCUAAAAGGAGUCACAUAGCUAUACAUAAACGUAUUCAUACAGGCGAGAAGCCUUAUCAUUGUGAUAUCUGUGGUAAAUCAUUCACUGAAAAUGGCAGCUUAACUACACACAAACGUAUCCAUACAGGAGAGCGACCAUAUCAUUGUGAUAUCUGUGGUAAAUCAUUCUCUAACAGUGGUCACUUAAUUGUACAUAAACGUAGUCAUACAGGCGAGAAGCCUUAUCAUUGUGAUAUCUGUGGUAAAUCAUUCACUGUAAAUAGUACUUUAACUAAACACAGAGGUCUUCAUUCAGGAGACAAAUCAUAUGAUUGUGAAAUCUGUGACAAAUCAUUCACUCUCCGCAGUUCUUUAACUGAACACAAACGUCUUCAUUCAGGAGACAAGCCAUAUCAUUGUGACAUCUGUGACAAAUCAUUCGCUCUCCGCAGUUCUUUAACUGAACACAAACGUCUUCAUUCAGGAGACAAGCCAUAUCAUUGUGAUGUCUGUGGUAAAUCCUUCAAUAAGAAUAAUACUUUAACUAAACAUAAACGUAUUCACACAGGCGAAAAACCAUUUCACUGUGAAAUCUGUGGUAACUCAUUCUCUCAAAGAAGUCACUUAUCUACACAUAUACGUAUUCAUACAGGAGAGAGACCAUAUCAUUGUGAUGUCUGUGGUAAAUCCUUCAAUAAGAGUAAUACUUUAACUAAACAUAAACGUAUUCACACAGGCGAAAAACCACAUCACUGAAAUCUGUGGUAACUCAUUCUCUCAAAGAAGUCACUUAUCUACACAUAAACGUAUUCGUACAGGCGAAAAGCCAUAUCAUUGUGAUAUCUGUGGCAAAUUAUUUAAUGAAAGUGGUAAACUAAUUAUGCACAAACAUAUUCAUGCAGGAGAGAGAGCAUAACAUUGUGAUAAAUCAUUUAUGCCAUUCUCUAUAAAUAGUGACUUCCUAGACACAAGCACAUUCACUCCAGAGAGAAAUAAUAUCAAAGUGAUGUCUACUAAAUCAUUGUCUGACCAUUAUGCCUUCACUUCAUACAAAGGUGAAGCCAUUUCACUGGUAAAUCAUUCAGUGAAAACAAUAAAUUAACUGCACACAAACGUUCAUACAGAGGAGAAAGCAAAAAGGCUAGUUUGUAUGGGUUCUUUUGUAAUAAACAUCCUUUUUUUUUUUUUAAUAUUACUGUGUUUCGUGUAAUUAACAUUACAAUUCCAAAAAUUUUGUUUUUGUUUUUAAACUUUCUUACAGCUCUAUCUCUAGCUUCCAUUCCCAUUUCAUUUCCCAUGAUGUAGGGGACCUCUAUACUGAAAUUACUCCUCCUGGCAACCUUACACCUGGCUCUUUGUUGAAUAUCACUUCCCUGAUUUACUGUAUACAUUAUUAAAUUUUAACUACUUCACUCAUUAAAUGUUAACAGUUAUGCCUUUUUAAGACACAGGAAUGCAGUAAAUUUGUCAAAUAUAUAAACAAUGACUUCCAGUUCAAAAUGGAAGACACCACAAAAACACUUGUGGCAUAACUAUGGUUUAGGGCCCUACAACAAACUGUUUUCUUUUAACUUUCUGAAGAAUUGUUUUUUAAAUUAAACUUAGCUGAUUUAAGUUUUCAAGGGUCUAGAUUACAAUUAUCUUCAUAAAAUUAAGGAAAAAAGUUUUCCAAGGGGAUUGAGAUCCUUCUGAACUCCACCCUGUUUUUGUCAGGGUCAUAUGCUUGAAAAGAAUUUAGCGACAGAUAAACCUUUUAUCAACAUGGAGAAAGCUGUUGACAGGGUACCUCACUCCCUUAUCUGGUAGUCAAUGUGGAAGCUGGGAAGAGAUGAGUGGUUGGUGAGUACCAUACAAGCUAUGUACUUGGAUAAUGUCAGUAAGGUAAAAGUUGGCAAAGAGUAUAGCACUGAAUUUAGUGUACAGGUAGGAGGCCACCAAGGAUCAUUUCUCAGCUCCCUCUUAUUUAUCAUAGUUCUUCAGGCCAUAACAGGAAUUUAAGGCUGAAUGCCCUUGGGAGCUCGUCUAUGUCUGUGACCUUGUUCUUAUAGCUAACUCUUUACUCGAGUCAGAACAAAUUUUAAGUGCGGACACAACGCCUGGUAUCAAGGUGCUUUGAGUUAAUUUACGAAAGACCAAAGUCCUAGCAAGUAGGAAAGCAGACAAAUUCCUAAUCUCUUGAAGGAGAUGUCCUUGAUUGAUAUGUAGAAAAUGUUUUGGCAGAAAUUCCAUACUGUGUGAGCUAUGGAGAAAAGAGCUGAAACAGUAUCACUGGAAGGUUAACAGAAAGGAAUUUUUGUGUGUGACAGAUGUGCUAGUAUAAUAAACAUUAAGAAUGUACAAGAAAUAGACUUCUUCAAAUGUCCAAAGUGUCGUUAGAAGUAGUAGCUUCUGUUACCUAGGCAACCAAGUUGGCAGUGGUAGACGAUGCACUGCCAGCCAGGCAAAGUUCGGAGAGUUAUUACCUUGUUUGGUAUGAAAAGGGCCUCUCUCUCAGAGUUAAAGGUAGAUUGUAUAAUGUCUGUGUAUAACCAGCUACACUCUGUAGCAGAAAGUUGUGGGCUGUGUAAUGCUUGAAAGAAAGAAAUCCAGAAUGUUUCGCUGGAUGAGCAGUGUCAGUGUGCAUGCAUGACAGCAUAAAUGUUUUAAGAGAAAAAUUGGGUAUGAGGCAUCAGAUGUAGUUUGCAAGAGAGAAGAUUGUGUUAGUAUGGUUGUGUGAUAUGUGUGGAUGAGGAAAACUGCAUAAAGGAGUGCCUAUCUCUAAUUGUGGAGAGAACCUUUGGAAGAGGAAGAUAUGAGAGAUAAUCUUCAGAUGUUGAUUCUCACUGGGAAGAUGACAAGGGACAGAGACAUCUGGUGAUUUGCUGCGCUUUGGAAGACACAUCAUGCUAAGUAAAACUGUGGCAUACAUACAACCAAGUCCUUAUGGUCAUGACACAACUUUUACCCCAUGGCCCAUUUUCCCCCACCUGCUGCUGGCCUCUUCAUACUCCCUAAUAUUCUUACCCAUACACUCACUAUGCCCUCACAUAUCUACCAUAGCUACACUCUAGUCACUCCAAUUUCUCACACCAUCCCUUGCUACAGUCACUUCCCCUCUGUACCUUAUGGGUGUGUCUACAUGCAUCUCUGUCACCAACUUCUGCUUUCUCUCUCACGCACACACUAUAUCUCAUCUCUCUCUCUAGCAUUCUUCUUUCUUUUUCUGCUGGGGUGUCCAAUUGCCCUUUACUUUAUUUAACAUCUCAACAUGCGUAAAACUACCUCCUUAAGUAUCACUCCCUUUCCUAGUUACAGGGUUUUUGUCUAACAAGUUGCUUGGUGACCCUGCUGAUGGUGGUGCUACAUAAAGAGCAUCCAAACUCUCUGUAAAGUGGUUGGCAUUAAGAAAGGCAUCCAGCUGUAGAAACCAUGCCAAAGCAGGCAACAGGGCCAAGUGUAGUUCUCUGGGUGCCAGCUCCUGUCAAACCCAUGAAAAGAAAUUUGAAAUCAGCUUCAUUGUACACCCUAUGAAUUCAAUUCACCCUUCUCAAGUCCUUCCCCAAAUGUCCAUCACUCUGGAGAUGUAUAUAAUUAUUAUUUAUUUUAUUAUUACCGUUGUAAUUAAUUAAAACCCAAGAAGACAUGGGACGAGGUGGUGAAGCAUGAUCUUUAGAUGUUGAGUCGAUCAAGACCUUUGACGAACUUACUGUGCUUAAGAAGACAUGUCAAGUCAGGUGAAAUUGUAGUCGUGGCCAGUGGUUUUGACAUGUAAAAGACACCCACUACACUCUUGGGGUGUUUAGCAUUAGAAAAGGCAUCCAGAAUUACUCUGAAGGAUCAUAAGGGAAGCUUCCUAACUAACCCCAAAGUUAGACUUAUAUGCCCCAGAAAAUCUGACAUAGGUAUAUUAAGUUUUUCUAAAAUCUGUAAAAGAUCUCAGAAUUUUGAACCUCCCUUUAGGCCUUUUUUUCGAUGCCCUUUAAACCUUUCAGCAUCCCCUCUUAUAUACGUAUUUAUCUAUAUUUGUAUGUAUGCAUGAGAAUGAGAGACAGACAGACAGAAGGAGAGAGAAAUGGUAUAUCUACCAUUUCAUGCCACACUGAAUAUUUUCCCCUUAACUUAUGGAAAUUUUAUAUAAUAUUAAUGAAAUUUUGAAGAAAUAAAUUUUCCAGACAUAUUUAGUAAUAUGAUAAUAACAUUGAAAAUGAACAAAAAUUAAGUAAAAGAAGAAAAAUAUCAAUUUAUUGAAGGUUGCUGUUCCAAAUCGAUGACG